AUGUCAGUCUCGGUGGGAGUGUGGACGUUGGUGAGCAUCUCGUUGGAAAGAUACUUCGCCAUCUGUCGUCCGUUGACAUCUCGAUCCUGGCAAACACGAUCCCAUGCGUAUCGAGUGAUCGUCUGCAUUUGGCUCGCUUCGGCUGCCUGCAGUUCUCCCAUCGCCAUCUAUUCGCAAUACACUCAGAUCGGGGAAACGGGGAGGCAUAAAUGCCGAGAGACCUGGCCCAGUUCCCUCGGGGAAAAGGGUUAUACCAUCUUCCUCGAUAUCAUCCUUCUUUCCGUUCCUCUCCUUCUCAUGUCCGUCAUGUAUUCCCUCAUCUCCUUCCGACUUUAUCGCGGUAUCCAACAGGAAAGGCGCAUCCAACGACUGAUUCUCCAGAACGGACAAGGAGGGAUUCCUGGCUCUCGUUCCGUCAACGGCGCUCUCUACGCCGCAAGGUUGAGCAAAAAAUGCAUGAUCGUGCGAUGGAGAUCCAACCAACAGCAACAACUACAACCGCACGAGCAACAUGCGAUGAGGAAUCACAACCCAGACAGAAGCAUUCAAGCAAAGAGGAAAGUGAUCCAAAUGCUUGCCGUCUUGGUCUUGGAAUUUUUCAUAUGUUGGACUCCACUGUUUGUGAUGAACACAUGGGUCCUGAUCGACAAGAAGGGGGUGUAUGGGAGUCUCGGACGGAUUGGAGUCAGUCUGAUCCAACUCCUUGCCUAUGUCUCCUCCUGCUCCAACCCCAUCACUUAUUGCUUCAUGCAUAGGAAAUUCCGGAAGGCCUUCAAAUCCACGGUGAUGAGAUGCUGCUCACGAUCAGAUGGGGAAGAACUUCCGGCCUUCAGGGAAUUGGAUACCUUCCCGAGGGAAAGGAUCAUCCGAGGAUUCCUCAGUGCCAUAGGAUUAGGGGUGGCAUCAUCCGGAUGGAAUCCUUGGGUUCGACUCUACAGCGGUUUCGUCACCCUUCUUCAGCUCUUCAUCAUCCUAUGGAAAAUCCGCUCAAUAAUUGACGAAUUCUUAUAUGGUCUCCCGGAUUUCUAUGACUCCAUUUUCAUCUUCGUCGAUCUCCUAACUCAGAAUUCGGGUUUGUCAGCAAUAUAUCAGGCCGUGUUCCUCAUGAUUUCCGAGCGAUUCAUGGUAGCACCCACUCUUCUCCUCCUUUUUCUCCUACAAUUCGCGGUUGAAAAGUUCACCAGGGUGAACGUGGGGUUCCAGGAUUCCGACUCUCCCGAUAUAGUCCCUCUGGUGAAGCUCCACUUCAAGUUGGCAGAGUUCGUCCAUGGACUCUCGGAGGCUUUCAGUGUUAAUCUUGUAGUUUUGACGGCGUUUUGUUUCAUGUCCUUCACCUCGAACUUCAUGAUGAUGAUCGUCAGAGGAAUUUCCGUCAGCCUUCGGAUAUGCGGAUUCAAAACAGCCUUCACCUUCAACCUUCUCUACGCAGUGGUUUCGUGGGGACAAAGCGUAAGCAACAAGGCCAAUAAGUCCACCAAACUCGCAAGGCGGUUGGAAAUGAACGACCUGGACGGACGCUCGAGGAAACAACUUCAAUUGUUCCUUUCGUCUCUUGCCUGUUCUCCCGUGGAGCUCUCCGCGUUGGAUUUCUUCACCCUCGACAAGCGAAUGCUUCUCUCGCGGUUGCAGCUUACAUCGUCGUAUUCAUCCAGUUCAUCAUUCCUAUUCAGGGCCGGCGCUAGCUACUUCAGCACCCUGUGCAAAGUGACUCCCAACGCCUCUCCUUCCUCAACCCUCCCACCCCCUCCCCGGCCACACGCACUCACAGGCACCUCUGCAGAGAAACGCAAGUUGAAGAAGACAGCAUUUCCAUCCAUCAACUUGCCCCUGUCCUCCACUGAUGUGCCAUCAAAGAUAAGAAAGAAGAUGGACAGUUCCCGAGCGAGAAAAGAACGCAGGGACCGAAGGAAUUUUGAAAUUGACCCUACCCCCAUCUUGAGCCAUGAGGAAAGAAAUGAAGCCAAUCCAGAUGAAAAUGAUGGAAUCAACAUUGGGGAGGAUGACAGGAGCCGAGAUGAGGCUGCUAUGGCACUCCUUCAGUUACAGUGUGGGAGCCCACUGCCAGCCCCAACUGCUGAUGUUGCAGUAAAUGUGUCCUCUGGUGACUUGAGACCACCCUUCAUAAGUUUGAUUAUGGAAGAUUCAAAGAUCAAGACACUUACGGGAGUUCCAACAGUCCAUUUAUUGAACACACUUGUGAGACUCCUUGCCACUGUUUUGAUUGUUACAAGGAAGCAUGUUUUGAGCCUUGAAGAACAGCUUCUACUCAGCUUGAUGAAGAUUAAGUUGAAUCUCAGCUAUAACUUUCUUGGUGUUCUCUUCAUAACGUGA